AUGGACUUAGCAAUAUCAAAACUGAGAAAGAGAUCGAGAAAAACAAAGGGUACUUUUCUGAAAAUCGCGGCCGUGUUAGCUGCGUUGAUAGAUACACAGUUGUGUCUGCCUCAGAGCCUCUACUCAAAUUCGCUGGUGGAGCUCAAGAGCUGGUAUAUCCGCGAGUUUGAUGAUAAUCUCGUCGCGGAGAAGUCUCAUUUCUUGAUUGGCAUCAUCUGGGUUGAGCUUACAUUCCAGUGGCCUCUUAUGGUUGCCAACUCGUAUGGGAUUUGCUUUGCUAAGCCUUGGUACAAAACCUCCUGCUUGGCGCCUCUUUCCUCACAACUAUGGGCAAUUUAUUACCGGAAUUGUUACUUAUUAUGGUCCGGCAAGGCAUCUAAUAAAAUGUUGAUUUUGUACUACCCUGCUAUGGGGUUUGCUGUGCUCACCAUACUGCGCGGGCUGCUCCCACCGCCCGCCACCACUACUUCCACCAACGGCGAAGGAACAACCAAAAGAACCACCCCAGCAAAGAAAAUAAUUUAG